AUGGCCUUUGCGCCCAUGGGGCCUGAGGCCUCGUUCUUCGAGGUUUUGGACCAGCACAGGGCUUCCCUGCUGGCCGCCCUGAGGAGAGGCGGUGGGGAGCCUGCGGGCAGGAGGACGCGCCUGGCCUCGAGUUCUGAGGUUCUUGGAUCUAUAGAAAGUGUUAUCCAGGGCAUCAUCACAAGCGUGGCAAGGAAUGAGGCACCUGCAUUCACCAUAGACAACAGAUCAAGCUGGGAAAAUAUAAAGUUUGAAGAUUCUGUGGGUCUUCAGAUGGCAUCUCAUUGUACCACAAGAAAAAUCAAAAGCGAUUCACUAAAAUCAGUUAAAAAAUUUGCCCUAAUUCUUAAAAUAUUGUCAGUGAUUUAUAAAUUAGUACAGAGCAACACUUAUGCGACCAAAAGAGACAUAUAUUAUACUGACAGCCAACUCUUCGGUAACCAGACUGUCGUGGACAAUAUUAUCAAUGACAUUUCUUGUAUGUUAAAAAUGCCAAGGAUAAGUCUACAUAUCUUAUCUACAUCAAAAGGUUUAAUUGCUGGCAACUUAAGGUAUCUGGAGGAAGACGGCACCAGAGUGCACUGUACCUGUGGUUCCACAGCUGUUGCUGUGCCAUCUAAUAUUCAAGGAAUUCGAAAUUUAAUUACAGAUGCAAAAUUUCUAUUAAUUGUAGAAAAAGAUGCGACAUUUCAGCGACUCCUGGAUGACAGCUUUUGCAACAGAAUGUCCCCAUGCAUCAUGGUUACGGGAAAGGGGGUACCUGACCUGAACACAAGACUUUUGGUCAAGAAGCUGUGGGAUACAUUUCAUAUUCCUGUUUUCGCUCUUGUCGACGCCGAUCCACACGGCAUAGAAAUAAUGUGCAUCUACAAGUAUGGAUCUAUGGCGAUGUCUUUUGAGGCCCAUAAUCUCACAGUUCCAGCUAUUAGAUGGCUUGGUCUCCUCCCUUCUGAUAUUAAACGGUUAAAUAUACCUAGAGAUACUUUAAUUCCGCUGACAAAACAGGACCAGAUGAAACUUGAAAGUGUCCUGAAAAGACCUUAUGUUACUUGCCAACCAUUUUGGAGAAAAGAAAUGGAGAUAAUGGCAGACUCUAAACUGAAGGCAGAAAUUCAAGUUUUGACCUUCCUAUCAUCAGAUUAUCUCUCCAGAGUGUACCUACCCAACAAAUUAAAAUUUGGAGGAUGGAUAUAA